AUGCGGCAACAAAAGGCCGAUGCCAUGGACAGGAGCACACACACCACCAAGUCAUUCAAGUCAGCCCAGUCCACUCUGGAUUUGAGCACCACAAGCCGAUCUGUCAGGACCACAGAGACCAUUCAAACCGCCGCCACCAGCUUGUCAUCGUCGUCUCGUUGGGCCACGGAUGAGACUCCCGGAAUGCCCAUCCCCACCACUGCCAUCAUUCAACAGGGUGUGGAUGCCCGCAGUACUCCGACUGAUUCUGAAGCCGGAAGAGAACAACCACAAGGUGCCUUUAUCACAGGUGUGGCCCCACCGCUGACCCCGUUUGAACUAGCAUUGGAAGUCAACGAAGACUUGACCGAUUCGGAGUAUGAGGAUGAUGAUGAAGAUGAUGAUGAUUACGAUAGUGACGACGACGAAACCGAAUCUUCUGAUGAAGAAGCAGAACGUGAUGAUGGCGAAGAUAGUGAUAGUGACGAGGAGGAGGAGGACAGCAGCGACGAGUCCGAAAGCAACUCCAGCGGCUAUGAUGCACUGAUGGAAAACGAUGACUUUGUAGCCGUCAUUCAACGUGCCCAAGCAAUGGCAAAGACCCAGCGUCCACCUUGUCCACAACGCUGUCUUACUAGAAACAAGGACCGCCAUCAGCUAGAACAAGUUGCCCACCAUGCGGUCAACAAGGGAUGUCAGAAGCAGACUAGAAAAGGGAACAGAGCCGAGAAGAGCGAACCAAGCAGCAAUGGUGACAAUAACCUGAGCUUCAAGACACACAAUGUGACGACACACGAAUGGGUUUUGCCUGCAAAUAAAGUUCUACCGAUUUCCUUACAAGAUCUCAUCAGGGAGGCAUCGGGAAAUCCAGAAGUGGAUAUUCAACAAAGGAUCCAACAGGCUCUAAUGGGGCAAUAA